AGAGCUGCUCACGCUCGGGCUGGGCCCGGCGCGGCCUCGGGGCUACCCAUGGGGCGCGGGGAGCCGGGCAGGUGACGCCGGAUGCCCAUGGACGCCCCUGAGGAGCCGCUGCCGCCGGUGAUCUACACCAUGGAGAACAAACCUAUCGUCACCUGUGCUGGAGACCAGAAUUUAUUCACUUCUAUUUAUCCAACGCUUUCCCAGCAACUUCCCAGAGAACCAAUGGAAUGGAGGAGGGGCGUAUUUUGCAACUACCCAUCCUUCUUUGUUUGCAACUUUCGAAUUCCAGUCACCAGUAAUUGUCAGUACAUCUUGAUUGGAUGUUUGAUCAAUUUCAGACUGCAGAAGUUGGUAAAAAUCUUCGAUUUCUUCAUCUUUGGAAUUAGCGAUAGGUCCUAUGGGCGGGCUCCAAAGAUGAUCCACCUGGAGUCUAAUUUUGUUCAGUUCAAGGAGGAGCUGCUGCCCAAAGAAGGAAACAAAGCUCUGCUCACUUUCCCCUUCCUUCAUAUUUAUUGGACAGAAUGCUGUGAUACUGAAGUGUAUAAAGCUACAGUAAAAGAUGACCUCACCAAAUGGCAGAAUGUUCUGAAAGCUCAUAGCUCUGUGGACUGGUUGAUAGUAGUGGUUGAAAAUGAUGCCAAGAAAAAAAACAAAACCAACAUCCUUCCCCGAACUUCUAUUGUGGACAAAAUAAGAAAUGAUUUUUGUAAUAAACAGAGCGACAGGUGUGUUGUGCUGUCUGACCCCUUGAAGGACUCUUCCCGAACUCAGGAAUCCUGGAAUGCCUUCCUGACCAAACUCAGGACGUUGCUUCUCAUGUCUUUUACCAAAAACUUAGGGAAGUUUGAAGAUGACAUGAGAACCUUGAGGGAGAAGAGGACUGAGCCGGGCUGGAGCUUUUGUGAAUAUUUCAUGGUUCAGGAGGAGCUGGCCUUUGUGUUUGAGAUGCUGCAGCAGUUCGAAGACGCCCUGGUGCAGUACGACGAGCUGGACGCCCUGUUUUCUCAGUAUGUCGUCAACUUUGGUGCUGGCGAUGGUGCGAACUGGCUGACAUUUUUCUGCCAGUCAGUAAAGAGCUGGAAUGGAUUGAUCCUCCGGAAGCCCAUCGAUAUGGAGAAGCGGGAGCUGAUCCAGAGGCAAGAGGCCACCCUGCUGGACCUCCGCAGCUACCUGUUCUCCCGGCAGUGCACCCUGCUCCUCUUCCUGCAACGGCCGUGGGAGGUGGCCCAGCGUGCCCUGGAGCUGCUACACAGCUGUGUGCAGGAGCUGAAGCUGCUGGAAGUGUCUGUUCCCCCCGGGGCUCUGGACUGCUGGGUGUUUCUGAGCUGCCUAGAGGUGCUGCAGAGGAUAGAAGGCUGCUGUGACCGGGCACAGAUAGACUCAAACAUCGCCCACACUGUGGGCUUGUGGAGCUACGCGACAGAAAAGCUAAAGUCCCUGGGCUAUCUGUGUGGACUUGUGUCAGAAAAAGGACCCAACUCAGAAGACCUCAACAGGACAGUUGAUCUUUUGGCAGGUUUGGGAGCUGAGCGACCUGAAACAGCCAACACAGCUCAGAGUCCUUAUAAGAAACUCAGAGAAGCAUUAUCAUCAGUGGAAGCUUUUGAAAAACACUACUUGGAUUUGUCCCAUGCCACCAUCGAAAUGUAUACAAGCAUAGGGAGAAUCCGCUCAGCUAAGUUCGUCGGAAAGGAUUUGGCGGAGUUUUACGUGAGGAAAAAGUCUCCACAGAAGGCAGAGCUCUACCUUCAAGGAGCGCUGAAAAACUACCUGGCCGAGGGCUGGGCACUGCCCAUCACACACACCAGGAAGCAGUUGGCCGAGUGUCAGAAACACCUUGGACAGAUUGAAAAUUACCUGCAGACCAGUAGCCUCUUAGCCAGCGAUUGCCACUUAACAGAUGAGGAGAGGAAAUACUUCUGCCAAGAGAUCCUCAACUUUGCCAGCCAGCAGACAGACAGCCCAGGCCGUAAAAUCGUGCUGCCCAUGCAUUCUUUUGCACAACUGAAGAGUCUCCAUUUCGACCCGUCUAACGCGGUGGUCCACGUAGGUGGUGUCCUGUCUGUUGAGAUAACUCUGUGGAGCCAGAUGCCUGUCCCCGUCCACGUGGAGCAGAUCGCCGCUAAUGUUCACUUCAGCAUCGAGAAGAACAACUACCGCAAGACUGCAGAGUGGCUCACCAAGCACAAAACGGCCAACGGCAUCAUCACCUUUCCCCACGAGCCUGCGCCCUUCCCCGUGUCCCAGAACAGCUUGCCGGCACUGGAGCUGUAUGAGAUGUUUGAGAGGAGUCCCUCGGAUAACUCUCUGAGCACCACGGGGAUUAUCUGCAAGAAUGUGCACAUGCUCCUCAGAAGGCAGGAGAGCAGCUCUGCUCUGGAAGUGCCUUCCGGGGUGGCUCUGGAAGACGGGGCCCACCUGCUCAAGUGCAGCAGUGUGACGCUGGAGCCCGGGGCCAAUAAGGUCCUGUUCAGGACUCAGGCCAAAGAACCUGGAACCUACACGCUCAGGCAGCUGUGUGCCUCAGUGGGCCCCGUAUGGUUUGUCCUGCCUCACGUCUACCCCAUUGUGCAGUACGACGUGUACUCGCAGGAGCCCCAGCUCCACGUGGAGCCUAUCACCGAUAGCCUCUUGGCUGGUAUUCCUCAGAAGGUCAAGUUCACUGUCACAACUGGCCACUAUACAAUAAAAAACGGGGACAGUCUCCAGCUGAGCAAUGCAGAAGCUAUGGUCAUCCUGUGUCGCACAGAGAACAGGGCAGUCAUCUACUCCAACACAAGAGAGAAGUCUUCGGAUGUGUCACUCAGGGUCCAGUCCUCGGGGAAGGUCACCAGCAUCAGCCUGCCAGCGGCACCUGCGUACCACCUGAUCGAGUUUGAACUGGAUGUCCUCUCUCUGCCUUCAGCUCCAGCUGCUAGAGGGGGCAGCAACCAGCCAGGGCUGAAGGAAUCCCAGAAGACCUGUCCAGAGAAGCAGGCAGCUGGCCACUGCAUGGUGACCACAGACCACAAAGUGUCAAUCGACUGCCCGUGGUCCAUCUACUCAACUGUCAUUGCGCUGACCUUCAGUGUGCCAUUCCAGACCACACACUCUUUGCUGUCGGCUGGAACACGGAAAUAUGUUCAAAUUUGUGUCCAGAACUUGUCAGAACUGGACUUUCGGCUCUCAGAUAGCAGUCUUGUAGACAUUGGUGGUAGUACCGACCUGCAGCUGGUACCGCUGAACACGCAGUCCCAGGAGCGUGUCCACAGCCGGCAGUCCGUCUUCUUUGUCUGGGAGCUGAAGUGGACCCGGGAGCCGCCCCCUGCCCUGCACUGCUGCUUCUCGGUGGGAUUCUCCCCAGCCUCUGAAGAGCGGCUGUCUGUCUCCUUACAGCCGUAUACCUACGAAUUCCAAGUGGAAAAUUUUUUUACAUUGUAUAAUGUGAAAGCUGAAAUAUUCCCUCCUUUGGGAAUGGAAUACUGUAAAACAGGCUCGCUCUGCUCCCUGGAGGUGUCCAUCACUCGCCUCUCGGACCUCCUGGAGGUGGACAAGGAUGAAGCACUGACAGAAUCGGAUGAGUAUUUUACAACAAAACUUAUGUAUGAAGUUGUGGACAACAGCAGCAACUGGGCGGUGUGUGGGAAGAGCUCCGGCGUUCUCUCCAUGCCAGUGGCUGCGCAGGCCACUCACCGUGUCCACAUGGAAGUGAUGCCCCUCUUUGCAGGACACCUGCCCUUCCCCGAUGUCAGGCUGUUUAAAUACCUCCCCCACCACUCGGCCCACUCCUCACAGCUGGAUGCUGAUAGCUGGAUAGAGAAUGACAGCCUGUCGGUGGACAAGCACGUGGAUGAUGGAGUGGACAGCAGCAGCAUCAAGAGCCGGGGCAGCGUGCACUCGGCUGCCAGCACCGAGCACAGAGGCCUGCCCAUGCCCCGGCUCCAGGCCUUCCCGCCUGGCCAGGUCUUCAACUCCAGCGCCGGCAUGCAGGUCUUCGUCAUCCCCAGCAAGGAAGACCACGUCCUGGAGGUCAGUGUCACAUGACCAUGCUGAGAGUCACGGAACAAACGUCCAGAUGGAGGCGAAUGCACUUUAAAGGACCAGGACUUGACUCUUCUCCAUUCUAACAUUCUGCUGUAACUGGACUUGGCGACGCUGUUUGGCCAUGGACACAUCAGAGGAUUUCGAUGUACAGUGCAGCUGGUGCGACCCCAUUGAAUUGUCCAUUUCAUGUUUUCUAUGAUAUGAAAUUACUGGUCACCUUCUCAUCCCCCAGCCCUGUGAUGGCAUCCUACUGGGUCUCCCAGAGCCUGCCUUCUGCACAUUAACUCCUCACUGCUUACAGAGGCGUUUGUAAUCAGUUUCCCCAAACCAAGCAGAGGUCACUCUGCCCUUCAGGUGAACGUCCAGCAGGCCUUGGUGGCUCAUCAGGGAGACAUGUGUGCCUUCUGGUCACACGCCGCCCCAUUUCUGGACUGGGGUGGAUUCAUGAAUCCUGGACCCCAGAUCAUCUAGUUGUGUUUUCCCAGAAGAACACCCUUUUGGGGCUA